AUGGAGAGUCAAUAUCAUAAAUUUUACAAGAGUGAGCCCUUCUACGUUCUUAACUAGGAUGUAUUCUAUGAUGAAGAUAUUCAAGAUAACUAGCAAACUAGAGAAUAUUCAGAUAUCAACUUCUUGAGAAAAUUUAACAACUUCAUUAAGGCAGUAUUAAUUAAUAAAUACAUUGAUAGGCUUCCCUACAAAUAUUCACCUAGCAUCUUUGAUCUUUGUUCAGGCAAAGGAGGAGACCUGAGGAAAUGGAUACUUAAGAAACCCUCUCAUUAUGUGGCUCUUGAAUAUUAGGAGUAACUAAUAAAAAUUGCUAUUGAAAGACUAAGAGAGAUUAGAAAUGUAGAAUUCCCAAGUAUUUUUGUAGUUGCAGAUGCUGGAGAUGAAUCAAUGACUAUUGACAAGGUCUUGGCAGAUGAUAAAUUCAGAGAUAUCAAGAGCAGCAUAGUAUUUGAUAUGGUGAGUUGCUAAUUUGCAAUGCAUUACAUGUUUGAAAGCGAGAAGAAGCUAAGGAAUUUCCUUCAUAAUGUUAGCUGCAAAUUGACGCCUGGAGGAUUUUUCAUCGGGACAACCAUAGACUCAGAUAGAAUCGUCUCUCAAAUGAGAUUGGACACUACAGGCAGUAUGACUGUAGAAAAUGAGGAUUUUGCAAUUAAAUUUGGAUAGAUUGCUUUUCCUAAAGAUCAAGGAGCUUUUGGCCUCAAGUACUAUUUCUACUUGAAAGAUGCUAUUGGAAAAUAAAAGUUCUUGGAAUCUGAAAAAGUAUAUGUCCCUGAAUACCUAGUGAUUUUUCCUAAACUAAUUGAAAUUGCUAAGGAGUAUGAUCUCGAGUUAGUAGAGUAGAAAAAUUUUCAUGAGUUUUAUUCGGAAAGUGUUUAAGAUGCGAACAAUCAAGGAUUAUUUAAUAGAAUGGUAUUUAAGGAAGCUAGUCAAAGAAUGACAUAGGAAGGUAUUAAUCGUUAAUUUGAGAUUUGUGGGUCAUAUCAGGUGUUUGCUUUUAAGAAGAUGGGAUAAGUGAUAAAGAGAAUGCACAAUAACUUUGGCAAUUAUAGAGUCUGUAGAGAAAUUAAUUAUAGAAACUUUGUUUGA